AUACUAUAUUGCUAAUUUCCGGAGCAAGUUCCGGAGCUAGCUUAUGGAGCUAACUUCACAAUUAUUUACAAAUUUCAUAACCUAUAAUUUUAACUAAUUUUUAAAAAUCGUGCUGUUUAAAUAAAAUGAUAAGAAGUUUAAAUUUUCUAAAGGAUAAAUUUUAGCUUAUAAAAAUUAAAAUGGGUGUAAUAAACAGACUAUCUGGUAUAUUCCAGCCUAUAACUGUAACUGCUAAAGCGUCCAAUUUAACUCAUAAAGGUGUGACUUCAAAGAGUCAAAGGUUGAUGUUAGAAUUAGGAAUAUUACAACAAGCUAAUACUGGGUGUUUCCAUUAUUUGCCUUUAGGAUUAAAGUCACUUAAUAAGCUUAUUAAUCUUGUUGAUGAAGAACUGCAGAAUAUUGGAGGUCAAAAGAUGAUUUUUCCUACGUUAGUUAAAUCAGAUUUAUGGGAAAAAAGUGGUCGAGCAAGUGAAAUGGGUCCUGAAUUGUUAACAUUACAAGACCGACGUGACCAUAAGUAUAUUUUAGCUCCUACCCACGAGGAAACAGCUAGUCAUCUUCUCUCUAGCAUUGCCCCAAUAUCAUACAAAAAUCUCCCAUUACUAUUAUACCAAAUAACUUCAAAAUUUCGAGACGAAAUGAAGCCUAGAUUCGGACUAAUAAGAAGUAGAGAGUUUAUCAUGAAAGACAUGUACAGUUUUGAUCUAACACAGGACACAGCUUUAGAGACAUAUGAAAAAGUAUGCAGCAGUUACAAUAAGAUAUUUAAAAAGAUAGGAGUAAAAUUUAUUAAAGUUUUGGGUCAUUCUGGAACAAUGGGUGGAAAUCUGUCACACGAAUAUCACUUUUUAACUGAUAAAGGUGAAGAUAAAAUUGUGAAAUGUAGCAAAUGCGACUUUAUUGGAAAUCAGGAAGUAUUAACAGAUACAGGUUGUCUAAAAUGUAAAAGUGAAAAUAGUUUAACAUAUGAGACAGGCAUAGAAGUUGCACAUACAUUUAUGUUGGGAGAAAAAUACUCCAAGCCGUUGGAAGCAAACUGUAUUGAUAAGAAUACAAAGAAACAUACAUUGCAAAUGGGAAGUUAUGGAAUAGGAAUAAGUCGAAUUAUAGCAGCUUCAUUAGAGUGUCUAAGCUUAGAAAAAGAAUUAAGAUGGCCAGAUCGUAUAGCACCUUACAAUGUUAUCAUAUUACCACCAAAAUUAGGUAGCAAAGAGGAGAGUCUGAUAGGAAAUCUAGGAGAAAAACUUUAUCAUAACUUAGAGUCUGCAUUUCCUUGUUUAAAAAAUAAUGUUUUACUUGAUGACAGAACAUCAUAUACAAUAGGUCGUCGUUUUAUAGAUGCAAAGCGCACUGGUUAUAGAUAUAUAAUAGUAUUAAAUAAAAAGUGUGGAGAUGCAAUACCAUUAUACGAAUUAAAUGAUCUUCAUAAGGACCAACAACUGUAUUUAAGUGAAAAUGAUCUUGCUAAGUAUAUUAAGGAAAACACUGAUUUCGAAUAAUAAAAAACAUGUGCAAAGUAAUAUGUAUUUAUAUUAAAAAAAAUCUUCCCAUUUAGAUGAUACCAAAACUAAUAACUCUAUUUAA